UUUUGCCUUUCGCUGAUCAGCAAACGCGAUGUGGUAUCGUGAUACAGAGCAGAAGCUGCAGCACCAGGAAGAUUGUGCUCGUGCUAGCAUUCGGCCGGAUUCAGAACCUGCUGGUUGUUGGUUGGUGUUGUCUGGUGGUGGCAAUCGAUAAAAUGUAUCUAGGCUGCUGUUGCUGCUGCUGAUGGUGAUGUGAUGUGAAUGUGAUGAUGCUGGGGGUCUCUGAGCGGGUUUGCCUAUUGCCUGGCUGGUUUCUUCCUGGUUAUGUGACCAUGUACCUAUUAAACGUGUGUCGAGGUGCUGUGUGAUGCUAGCUAAAGUGAUGUCGAAGAUAUGAUGGGAUAUGUGGUGUGUUUCUUUGGCUUUCAAGUGAAUCAAGGCAUUUUUACUGACCAUCAACCAGCUUGGCGACCAGGAGGAUUGGCUGCAGCGCCGUCGCCGCGAGUGUAAAGUAGUCACAUCCUGGAAUCCGAUAAUUUGCAGUCGAAGAGAACGACGACGACGACGAACGACAAGUGAGAAUGCGAGGGUGAAUUCUUUGUAUACACUACUCUGCUGUAUAGUGGCCACCAUAUCCAGCCCAUCCAGUGAAUGGUAUCCAGGGACUAAGAAGAAACAGAAGAAGAAAAUGGGGAAUGAGCAGCCAGAGCACAUUGAUAUCGCGUAUCGUCAUCAUCGUCGUGGUGCAUGGAUGCGAGGGAAUGGAGCUUGCUAAUGUUAUGUGUGCUUAACAAUUGGACCGAUGGAUGUUGUUCGUCCGGAUAAUAUAACGUGUGCUACUGCUUGUGGUCCACCACCAACACACCGCGACGAUUAAAUAAAAAGUGUAUUUUCGUCAGAAUGAUGCUAAUGAAUUUGGUACCGACGACGACUACGAAAGAUGCUACUAGGUACACUGCGCUGAGGACGGAGAGCGUUCUUUUUUGUGCAUCGCCAGUUAUGAUGGUGCGGGUGUAAUGUGUGUAUGAAAAUUUAGUGUCUGGAGGAAACACCCACGUUGCUGGCCAAGCCAGAGAACCAGAACCAGUAGAAAGAUGAUGAUCAGGAUUUUUUUUUCUGGUCCUGCUGCUUUAAACCUCUUUGAGAGUGAAGUGAAGUGAAGUAAGAAAGAGAAAAAAAAAAUGUAACGACAGGAAGUGGUUCGUAAUCGAACUAACCAACCAAGAUAUUGUCGGGGUACAUGCACACAUGUUUCUUCUUCCUUCUUCGGAGGCCUUCUUACGUCAAAUUGUUUCGUGGUAUUGACGGGGUGAUAGCAGUGCUGGCAGAAAAUUUUUGGGGGCACCAACCCACCUUCAGGAACACAUUUCCAACGAGACGGUGGAUCGGCCGAAAGAAAGCACGGGAGCAGAAGAGUGGUGGACGCAUCCGGGACUCGAGGAGACGCACCCCGGAACAGGCGGACGGAACGGGGAGGACAUUGGUCUACAACACUAAAUAGUGAAAACAUCAGUGCAUCAGUGUACGCUACAAGGUGGGAGCGCGUGCUUUCGCGCUCACAAGGGGGCGAGUGUAUGUGAAUGGGCGCGAUUUUGCAGCGGUUUAGAUGAGUGAGCGUCUGUGCGCGUACUGAAGACGCUUCACGCGACGCGUCACUCGGAAACGCUCGAUCCUUAGGUGAAAUAAAAUCUAUGAGCAUCGAUCCGAGCACGUGUGUGUAUGCGUAUCUAGUUGAACCGGGUAGCAUGUGAAAAAGCUCGCGUAAUACUUACACAAAAUCCGCUAAUAAUCCUACUAUUAUAAUUAGACAGUGUGAAGUGUGGUGGGAAGCACAAUUAAACGUUCACACAACUUUGCAUACAAACGCACGCAAAGAGAGAUUAGCGAAACACGGAUACGACGCAAAGUUGUCCUCAACUCAAACGGCUUGUGUUUUAGUGGCCACGCCACGAGUAGGAAUAGAGAAGAGGCGACAACGAUCUGGCAGCAACACGGUGCUGGAAAGUAUACGCGGUGCCAGUGUUGCCAGGAGCCACGACCAGGGUGGUAUCGUAGUGGUAUCGUCAUCGUGUUCGCGAAGAAGACGCAUUCGAUAGAACAAUCACACUACAGCUAGACUGGCUCGGAACGGUGAAGCACGGGGGGCAGAGUCUCCCGAUACGUCACCGGAAGGCGGAGCCACCUGCUGGUGGGCCCCUUGGUCAGCGAUGGGUUGCUUCGGUUCGGCCGGAUCGAAACAGUCGGACUCCAACAGCUCCGAGGACACCAAGAGCCAGAAACGACGAAGCGAUGCCAUCACCCGGCAACUGCAGAAAGAUAAACAGGUUUACAGAGCCACCCAUAGACUGUUACUGUUGGGCGCCGGUGAGUCCGGUAAAUCGACGAUCGUCAAGCAGAUGAGAAUAUUGCACGUAAACGGAUUCUCCGACAGCGAGCGGAAACAGAAGAUAGAGGAUAUCAAAAAGAACAUCCGAGAUGCCAUAUUGACAAUUACGGGUGCCAUGAGCACGCUAACACCUCCUAUUCCAUUAGAAAAGCCGGACAACCAGUCGAGGAUGGACUACAUCCAAGAUUACGCAUCAGGUCCCGACUUCAAUUAUCCACCGGAAUUCUACGAACAUACCGAAGAGCUGUGGAAAGAUCGUGGCGUGCAGCAGACCUUCGAGCGAUCGAAUGAAUACCAAUUGAUUGAUUGUGCUAAAUACUUUCUGGAUCGUGUUAGUGAAAUCAAACAGCCUAAUUAUACUCCAACCGAGCAAGAUAUACUCAGAUGUCGUGUCUUAACAUCGGGUAUAUUCGAAACUAGGUUUCAAGUCGAUAAGGUCAACUUUCACAUGUUCGACGUCGGAGGUCAGCGGGACGAACGGCGUAAGUGGAUCCAGUGUUUUAACGAUGUCACCGCAAUCAUUUUCGUGACAGCGUGCUCUAGUUAUAAUAUGGUCCUGCGGGAGGAUCCGACCCAGAAUCGACUGCGAGAGUCGUUGGAGCUGUUCAAAAGUAUUUGGAACAAUAGAUGGCUACGAACAAUUUCCGUAAUACUGUUCCUGAACAAGCAAGAUUUGCUAGCAGAGAAGGUCAAAGCGGGUAAAAGUAAACUUUCCGACUACUUUAGUGAGUUCAACCGUUACCAGACGCCGGCUGAUGCGGUUUGUGAGAUGGGAGACGAUCCGGAGGUGAUUAGGGCAAAAUAUUUCAUCAGAGAUGAAUUUUUGCGUAUAUCGACGGCCAGUGGUGAUGGCAAACACUACUGCUAUCCGCACUUUACCUGUGCGGUAGACACCGAAAACAUCAAGAGAGUUUUCAACGAUUGUCGAGACAUCAUUCAGAGAAUGCAUCUGCGGCAAUACGAGCUGUUAUAGAUAUACUUAAUGAUAGCGAUGCAACCUGAUCGUCUCAUUUUAGUUGUGUCUACCGUGGAAUAUCAAAUCUAGCCAAACUUUACUAAUUUUAUAAUAAAAAUAAAUAUUGAUUAUUCUUAAUCAAAAACAAAAAAACGGCAACCAAUACAGACUAAAGGGCAAAUAAACAAAGUUUAAAGUGGUAAGAGGAAACCCUGAAACAGAAAAAGUUCAGCAAACAAGUUGCGAUCUAACAACCUUUAGGCAAAUUGAAAAAAAAAAAAAUACAUAAACAAACAAACGAACGCAGAAGUGGUUUGCACCUCUGAGAUCAACCACAUUCAUACCAUACAACAGCAAUCGCAUCUCGCAUACAUUAGUGCACAGACAAGAGAUGUUCUACGGGUGGCUAUCUAUCUACUAGUACUACCUACUAUUAUUUAGCACAGCAGCAGUAACGAGAACAACUAUUACUACUACUACUACCACAACCAACAACAACAACAAAAACCAACAACUACUAGUACUGCUAGAGAGAAAGAAACGCACCAGUAAACGUUAGUGAGCAUUAGCAGAAAUCGCAAAAUGCAAAUUAAAACAAAACAUAAUAAAGAAGAAAAAGAUACAAAUAUAUGGAAAGUUCACAAAUACAUACACACACGGAUUUAGGACUGCGCUGAACAACUUUUAACAGAAAAUGGAAAUUAAAAAAAAACUGUGAAGAAAUUGAGCGUUCAGCUAACAGGUCGCAAAAUUUACAAACAAAAGCACAUUUUCGAAAACAAAAAUGUUUUAGAAAAAACAAAAAAACGCAACGUGUGUCUGUGACUGCGGCGGUUUCUUUUCGAAACAAAGAGAAAUCACCUGUAAAACAGCUUAGCCAGAAUAACAACAACCAAUACAUUAAAACAAACAAAAAACUAAGAGUAGUCGUCGUCGUUACCUAUUAAUUAUCAGCUAAUAUAAAUUGUGAAAAACCUUGGUGGAAGAGAAAAAAACAUUAGCGAUUUAUGGUGGAAAAGAAGGAUGAGGAGAGAAGGCGAAAAAGCGAGCAGUUGAUGACAGGUUUAGCGCGAAGGCACGAAAGAAAGGGACAAAGCAAUGAUUCAACGCCACACACACCAGUAGAAAAAAAAACCAAAUCAGAAAAUAACAAAAACAGAAUCGGAAGUUUGCCCGCCAGGUUAUGUCUAAACAAAAAAAAAGAGAUUGAAGAACAAUUAAAUGCAAAGCAAAUCGCUUCUAUAGCUCUUUGGUGAGUCAAACCAAGAAAAAAAACACAAAACAGAAAAACACAAAAUCAAUAAAUAUAUUGAUACAUAUGUAUGUGUUGUAUAAGCAUAACUCUAGUGAAAAAAACAAAUACAAAGAGAAAGUCAUGUCGUAAUCACCGCUAGUGUGUGCGUGUGCGUGGUAAUGAAGUAAAAAAAAACAGCAAAACUAUGAUGUCUUGUACGGUAGUCUGUGAAUUUUUGUUUUAGCGUUUCAGAUUAAUUUUAGUUUUUUGAUGGAAAGGUAGGAAAUAUAAAUGCUAAGCAACCGACAAAGGGAGAACGAUAAAAAGUUGAAAACAACACUGUGAGGUAAGACACACAUACACACAAAGGCAAACCCAUAUGUUCAUGGAAUGCAAAGUCACAAAACAAAAACAAAACAAAACAUCCAUACAUACAUACGUACACACUCACACAUUUGUUAGGUUGCAGUGUAGUAGACGUUCAUCAUAUAUAGUCAUGCCGUAAAAAAAGAAAAGAAAGAAAAAAAGCAGUGUAUUUUGUUUUUCGUUAGCUUUUUUGUUCAGAAGAAUAUAAUGCUUCUAAAUUCGUCCAUUGAAUCAAUACACGCGCGAUGUUGUUGUAGAACUAUUUUCCAGUAUUUUUAAUUAUUAUCAUUAUAACACAUAAAUUUUAUAAUUGUAGAAGAUAAAGGAAAAGUAAAUAGAGUAUAUUUUUUUGUUUUAGAAAAAUUUAUCUUCCUUGUUAAACCGCUUUAGCGAAAGAAAGAGAGAGAGAGAGCGAGAGAGAGAAACAGAAAGUAACAAAAAAGAGUAAAUUCAUACAAUUUACCCAAAUCGAAAAUGUUGUUAAUUUUUUGUUUUGUUUUCUUUUCGUAUUUAAUAUUUAUACCAUAGAUGGUUUUUCGUUUACGUAACAGUACUGGUACGAUAACGAGUAAGCGUGUUUGUGCGCAAAAUAUACAAACAAAAUCAGAAGAGCAAAUCAGUAACAUAAAAAAUUAAGAAAAUUUCAAACCAUUCAGUAGUGGAAAUUGUAGGAUAUUUUCAUUUUCAAAUUAGCAGCAGCUAAUCGUAAACGAGCGCGUUGCUAAGGGAGAAAAAAGUGAAACAUCAUCACCAGUUAACUACUUUUGUAAACAAAUAAACACACAGAAACAAACAAACAAACAAACCAACAAACCAAAAACAAGUUAAACUUCGUGACCAACACGAAGAACGGAAUACGAACGCAAAAGUGUGUAAAGUAGGAUGAGGAAUGGGAAUAUCGAGGGGGAAACAGAUUUGAAUCUCAUCAAAUUGCGAGAAGCGGGUUACAACAAAAAUGUGGAAAAAAGUUUGAAAUUUGAUGCAAGUUUUCUGAAAAAAAAAACCUUCGCCUGAUAAUUAAAGCCUGAUAAUUAAAUAAAUCAUCAUAAGAGCAAGUUCACUGGUGUUAGGAAAAAGUGGUAGAAAUUUUGAUACUUGUAGCACAUUUAAAAAAAAUGUUCGAUGCAAAUUUUUUUUCAAGAUCUUUGGCCGUUAAUUUUUUUUACAACACUUGUUUAUUUUCGCAUGCUCUGGUGCAAAAACAGUUGCAUUUCUAGCAUAUUCGGCAACAAUAGAAAAUGUGUUCAGAAAAAAAUUGACUACCAAAUAUCUUGAGAACAUUUUCGCAUGGUUCAAUUUCAGAAUGUGCUACAAGUGUGAAAAUUUUCACCAUAUUUUACCAACACGAGUAAAAAUUCUCCUGAGAAAGACUUAGUUUCGAUUGAACAGUUGAUCGAGUCGAUUUAAUAAAAGUUUGUAACCAACUCAUUCUGAAUUCCGGGUAUAAGUUUUGAAUUUCGGUCCUGAAAUAUGAUUCUGAAUUCUUGCUCGGCUUGUGCAAUUUUAAUUUCUGAAAUCAAAUUUAAUUGAUAGAAGAAUUCGCUGAUUGUGGAAUAACCCUAAAAUUACGUGAAAAAAAACGUAUGAAAUUAAUUUUGUCAAAUUUAUGUAUUUAAAAUUCCAUAUAAGACUUGAAUAUGUUGUCUGGAUUCAUCUGCCUAUAAAUAAAAUAUUUGUUUAACCCGUCUGCAAUGAGAUACAAAAAAAUCAUACAAUCAACCAUUUAAAAUUUUUAGCUUUAUAUUGUGUCAUACAAAUUUUGAUAUCCACUCACACAACAAGCACAUCACUACGCUUAAAAGUUUUUGUUUGAAAGUUAUGAAAUUAUGAUACUUUAGUAGGUUCUGUUAAAAAUUAUUGACUAGUUUUAAUUUACGUCCUAAACAGUUGUACAUACCCAAGUCUCGGAGACUCGCAGUCGAAAAAUUCCCCAUGAGUAUCAAUCGUUUAUUUAUUUUGUUGCGUAAAACCAUUAAAAUUUGAAGAUUUGAAUUGAACAACAUUCAUUUUUAACUUUUUAGUUUCGUACUGAACAAAAAUCAACCAUAGAUGAAUGAAGCUCUUAGAUCACGGAGAUUAAAAAAUAUUUAAAAAAAAACUGUUAAAUUACAGUAUGGUGCCUAUUAUUGAAACAAUUAUGAUGAAACAGUACAUUUUUUUUAAAACUAAAUAAUGAGAAUCUUCGACUCAGGAUCGAGUUAUUUAAGCUUUCUUUUAAUGGUUUCUCUUAUGUCCCAUUUCUCGAAGGUGUAGUGCAAAAGAAAACGAAUGCAAGAAAAAAAAACAAAUAACAAUACACAUACACUCACCCAUACAUAAGCGUACAGAAAUGCAGAAGUAAGAACAUCACUUUUGAACAGAAAAGAAAACAAAAGUGUAUAACUUUUAUUUAGUUGCCUAGGAAACCUACAAAACAAGAGAAAGUGAAACAAACGAAAGGACGGAUAAACCGAAAGAAAAAAAAAACUGUCAAAUAGUCAUACCAGCAGUAGGAACACAAUUGAAACAGCAGUAAGCAGUAAUUAAAAAGUGCAACACAGAAAAAUCCAUUCAACAAUCGCACAAAACAAACGCGAAAUCCGGUAUGUGUAGGAUGCUAUCCAUGGAGAAAGAAUGAAAACAAACAAACAAACAAAAACCAACCAUUAAGAAAAUAAAAACCGAUACGUGAAAAUGUGCAUCUUUCAGUUUGUUUUAUUUCGUUCACCAUCAUCAUCAUCAACAUCAUUUCGUUUCGAACAUUCGGAGGAUAAUCGAAUUAUUGUUUCAUCGGGCUGAACAAGUUUGAUUCAUUCUAUUUUUAAUGGUAAGUUUGUUUCAAAAUGCAUCGUACUACUAAAGAGCGAACACGAAAUUAUUGCGACACCAAAAUGUCACGCUAAUUUUCUCAUAAUGUUUAGAAUCAAAUAAAAUUUUUGGGGUAGUUUCAUACAAAUAUUUACUUCAAAAAUCAAAAGAAAAGUUAUUCGAUGGAGCCUUGAGUGUAAAAUUGAACGCAUUUUCGCUUGAUGCCCUCCAUCAAAGUCCAUCCGGUACCAGAUUCUCAGUUUUUUUUUUCUUAACAUGUCCUUCUCGUCUUUGACUGUCUUCUUGAUCUUCCGAACAGUUUGGCGGGCUUAUGUCCUUUGGAACAAAAUGGGCAGAAUUGGCCUCAUACCACUCCAGGACACUUUUAGAAUGGUGGCAUGAUGCCGCCAAAUCUGGCCAAAAUAGCGAACCAGACAGCCGGCAAAAAGCGCUUCUCGAGGCACACAGAUUUUUAGAUCUUGCCAUUUACUGUGCCCUUUGUCACGAAAGGCUUACUCCUCAGACCGCAAGAGCAGAUGGCCUGCCAAACGAGAUAUUUGGAGGUGAAAUUCGACAUUUUUUUCUUCUUAAAUUUGUCGUCCACAUCGAGCUUCCUCUCGAAAUUUACUUAAAAUCGGCUUUUAUAUACGUUUCGUCGUCCAUCACACUGCAGCCAUUUUUGUUUUGUCAGCAUCUUCUCGUAGAGCUUCCGUGUCCGAGUUUUAGCCGUCGAUUGUUGCCAGCUCUCUUCUUUGCAUUCUGGACGUACCGAUCUUUUUAGCCAAAUCACGGCUUGAGACGUUAGGAUUUGAUUUAAUUAUCCGCUUCACCUUUCCCUACCUUCACUUAUUUGUUCUCCGGUCCCGGUUUUCUUCCAGCUCCUUUGCCGUGGUCCAACGUCAACCGCUCCUGGAACCUCUUCAACACUCUGGAGACGGUUGAAUGGCGAAUGUUCAACAUUUUUUCCAACUGCCGGUGCGACAUGUCAGGAAAUUCCAGGUGUUUGGAAAGAAUUUGUUCUCUCGACUCGCGUUGGUUCACCUCCAUUUUCGUUGAAUCGAAAAACACGACUUCGAGUUUGACAGCAUGUAAACACAUCAAUGAGAAAGAGCGCAAAAUUUCCUUAAUUUUUACACAAUGGUAAAAAAGUUAUGCCCUGUUGAAUGUGUCGCAAUAAUUUAGUGUUCACCAACCCACAGAAAGAGUGCUAUGUAUGCCGUGACCGAAAUUCGAUCUCAUGAUCUCUGGCUUAGAAGACCUGAACGCUAUCGUCUAGACGACGGUCCAAAUGGUGAAAAGCCAAAUAUUGUUGGUUGCAUGAAAACGCAUCAGUCUCAUAACUUUGUUGUUAAUCAAUUUUUUGAAAUCUGAGAUUUUCUUAAAAAAUCCAUACAUUUGCCAGUUAUCUCCAAAACUAUUCUUCGGAGCUUCUUACUAAUACUUUUAAAGAGAACGGAAUAGCAAGCGACUGGAAUCGAUGACCAAAGCUAUUGGGCAAAAAUUACCCUAGAGAAUUUAAAAAUAGGCACAAAUUGAUAAGAAGGCUCACGCUUAACCUCAAAAUCUUAAAAAAAAAUCGCCGUCGAUUUCGACCGAAGACAUCAUUACUAAAAAUCUGCAUAAGUUUAACCAACAUGAAAUUUUAUUUCAUUACAGUUCCGUAAAACAAAAAAUACCAGAAGUCAUAUAAAAGGAGCCGUUUACAGGUGUAAAAAUACUCAAGAAACUAUCUUUUUUGCUCCCCUUUACCCCUGCGAAGAAGAUCUAAUUUUAUAAAAAUACUGCUUUAUAUCUAUCUUCAAUAUUGAUCCAUUUUUAACAAAAUGAACAAAAACUGGUAUAAGAAUGCUUUCAACAACGCUCAAGAUUUUAGAUUGAUCGACUUUUUCAUGCGAAAGAUAUGCCGAUAUGUUGAAAUAUUUACCUUUUCAAAAAGUCAGUUAAAGGCAUAAAAGUGAAUGAAAGUGGGAUUAUUUUCAAUUCAUGUAACUCUUGUAGCAAUUCCCCAAGUUUUCAUGAAACUUUUCCAUAGCAUUGAAAUGUUUCCCCAAAACGUUUUCUUGUUUUUUUUUUUUUUUUUUCUAAAAUUCAAUUCCACUAAGAAUGUUUUUUUUUCUGGAUAAUAAGGGCCAAACAACACUUCACUCAGAUAUUUCCCGUCAAAUCUGAUGGCAGAUUCGAAUUUCUGAAGCAAAAAUCCAUGUAAGAUAAUAUUAUGUUAGGCUUCAAUUUUUGCGAUUUUGGAUCAAACUUUCUCACUGUGCACUGGUGAGUUUUUCGAGACUAUGUGGCGCUAAGAUGAAACUUCUAUGUACCUUUUGUAUUAAUUUGGUUACACCUGCUAAGGAAACUUAUAUUUCGAACUAGACGGAAUCGAGAUAAGGCUAAAGGAGACAACAAGAACAAUUUCUGCAGUUUUUUUUGUUAUGGGAAGACAUUUCUAAACAGAUUCAAAACAAAACAGAUGAAAAAAUAAUGAACUUAAAACCCCGUUCUUUGGAAAUAAAGAGAGAGAGAGAGCGGAACCUUUCAAAACGACAACUUUUUUCAGUUUAGAAUGGGAAAGACUGACGCAGAUGAGUGAAUUGUUUACGACCUAGGGUGAGCAUUUCAUAUUACCCGGUUUUACCAGGUCUUAUCCGAAAUUUAAAAGAAAAAAAAUGGGAAAAGCCUGGUCAAUCCGGGCAAAAUCCGCUCGUUGAUAUUUAUAAGAAAAGUUUAAAAAAAACAAAUUUAGUAAGCAUAAUUUUUCAUUUUUGCAAAAGGGCGGCUUCGAAGUAGGUAGCAUUUCGACAAGCGAAAGUGGCUCCAGAGAUACCAUCCACAUUAGGGCAACUGAAGCACUGAUCUAUAUGAUCUGUUUAUACCAAAAUUUAGACCAAAUACUGUAUAUUUCGCAACAAACUUUGCUAUACGUUUCAUAUACAUUAUAGAAUCAUCGCAUAAAACUCGAAAAAAACUACAUUUACCUACCAAAGUGGAGGCAAUAUACAUACCUACAUAUUUUUAAUUUCUGGCUUAAGCGAUAAAAAUUGUACAAAUUGGGCGAUAUUCAACAUCUUAUUCUCACAUCCUGAAAGUAUGGGAGAGAGUUUAAGUCUUGCUCUCAAACCUUACAAACCAUUGCCUACAAGAAUAUUUCCUACUUCUCUCAUUGGACAAUUUUCCCAAAUGAAUCAUCCGAUUUUUAGCAAUCUGGUUGCACUGCUUAUCGCAAAGUGAAAAAGAUUUUUUUCUCACUUGAAUCCCACGUGGGAGAGCAAAUUGGAAAACAUGGUGGACUUUUUAAGUAACUAUUUUUUACAAUCGUUUUCUUUUUGUUAGGAAUUGCGAUUCGCAUUGACAUUGUUAACGACUUGAGCUAUCAUUUCUAAUGCGAUUUUAUGCUGGGUGUUUAAAACUGGUAUCAGAAAAGGGGUAGGCUUUAUAGCGGCGCCGCUUUUAAGCCUACCCCUUUUCUGAUUCCGGAGGAUUGAGUCCACUCAAUUUGAUAAUCGAGAAUGUUUUGAUUAUUCAAAUUUAUAAGCAUGCAAACUUUCAGGUCUCGUUACAAAAAUCUGUCUUUCAUGCAUUUUUCCUGCUCAUUUCUGAGAGUUAAUCGUCUCGGUGUGUACAUAAGAACUAACUUUGCGACGGGAAAGCCACGGAAAGACUGCACUCUCUACAGUCACCUUUGACAUGCCGAGUUGCUAAAUUCUGCCGAGUUACUCUGUGUACUGUUCCUGGGCUAGAAAAAGUUACACAACGAAGCACGUCAACGGUCAACGCAUUGUUACGAUCAGAGAUACCAAUGUGCCUGAUUUUUCGAGGCUCAGCCUGACAGGGGAGGAAAACAGAGGAAAAAAAAAACAAAAAAGCGCUUAAAUGUCAAAUUGAUAUGAUUAAAUCACCGAGUGAGUGAGCUGGCAUCAAUUUUUUUUUCAUUAGAAUGACCAUUUUUGAAACUUUUGUUAAAUCGUUGAGAGAGUUUUGCAUUGGAUAAGUUUACAAUUUUCACCUUUCACCUUUCAUAAACGAUUACAAAUCUUUUCAAGAAGUGCUCAUUUUGCUGUCGAAAUGUAAUGCUGCAAAAAUGCUGCAGCAAAAUUUCUAUUUGCCUGACCUAGAGCCUGACAACCUGAUAAGCCAUUGAAUUUGCCUGAUUUUUGAAAAUAUGCCUGAUUUUGCCUGAUUUUUGCGAAUGUGAUGAAAAAUGAGUAGUAAGGAACUGGAUUAAGUACCAUUGCUGAAGUGAAAAAGUGGAAAUGUGGCUGAAUCAAAGCAAUCGAAAGAUUCCCUUGAAUUCUUAUUUAAAAAAGGGAAUUAAAGAGAAUCUUUUUUUCUUCGAUUCAGUACAAUUAUUCAACCAAGUAGGCUCACAACACAUAUUAAAGUGAAAAUGAGGAGCGAUGACCAAAAGAAAAGCAAGGAGUUCAUCACUUUGAGCGAAAUUUCCGUUACUUUACCGUAGUCUGAUUUUGCCUGAUUUUGAUUUCACCAGUUCCCUGAUUUUUGAAAAAAAUGUUGAAACGUUUGAAUCCAAAACGGAAGAGCGAUAAAGCCAAAAUCGGAACUGUGUGUCAGUGCUAAGAGGAUCAGUUUAUAGCAAGGCAAUUUAUAGCAGCUCAAAGGGCGGCUUCGAAAGUUAAGGUGGCUCCAGAGAGUACUACAGACAGAUCAACCGUUCCAUUCAGGGUAAGCAAGUCGGAAAGUAGAGACGUUUUUUGUUUUUUUUUUUGUUUUCUUAUCUAUUUUGUAUCAUUUUGUCAGGUUAACGCAUCGCACAAAAAAAAUGAAGGUGACAUCAAUUUUUCACGUUCGAGAUAUCCUUCUUCUCAAAGGACACACAUCUAAACUCAACCAGGCAGCUCAAUCUGGCUUAAGUAAGUAGCACACACAAACGACAGACACGCAAUAAAAAAAGCCCAUCCCGGCUUUAGUCGCUGAUUAUGAUAAUGGUUUAAAAAUCAUUGGCACACCAAUCACACCAACAACCCAUCGUACCACAAAAAAAAACAAAACUCCAUACAACUAAUAUGUAUGUGCUUUGGUCAAUCCAUAGUGAAUCAAAAAAAAACAACAAAAUCAUGUCCUUCGUAUCCAUGUAAUAAAGUUCCCCAACUACAAACAAUUGAAAACAAAAGAAAAACAAACAAAAUUUUAUCGGAACAAUGAAACAGCAUUACAAUGUAACUCGUUUUUGCAGAAAAGCAAUAAUUAACCUAAUGAAAUUGACAAUGGGCGUAAGUAUUUGAACGUGAAUGAAUAUUGUAUGAUAUACUAAAAAAAAGUAACAAAAAGCUAGAAACGUACAGUCAGUCUCGUGUGUAGAAGCCAGCAAAAAAAAAGAAUAAAAUGUGAUUGAUUUUCGUGCAAUAUAUCGAUAUAUUUUAUAACAAAUAAAACAAACAAACAAAAAACUGAUUGCUAGUGCAUAACUCCCCCGAUGUAUAAGAACAAAAAAAAAACAAUGCGAAUCAAUCCAUAUUAGGAAAAUAAAAUUUAAAAAACACCCUUUUUUCUGACCCCUGUAACCUGUAGCUGUAUAGAGCAAACGGCAAAAGUGAAAAAUAAAAAAAAAACGGAAUCUAUAAAUACAUAUAUUUACACUGUUUUCAAACUUUCUUAAAAAGGAAAAAAACACAAUAGGAAAAAAAAAACUUGUAUCUCUGUGAACAUCUCAGCUAUCGAAUCGCUAUCCGUUUGUUUUUGUAUCAAAUCCCACUGAUCGAGAGUUUACAAAUAAGCUAUUUGACAUACACUUUAUCCCUGAUUCUGUUCUGUAGAAAAAAAAAACUAUAUGCAGUCAUUUAGCAAUCGAUAAAAUAGUUGGGAAUCUACUAUCAAAACUACCAGACUAAAAAAAAAAGCUAGAUAAAAAAUAAUAACGAAGUCAUGUGCAUUAUAACAACCACAGUUCAAGCACAUUGCACUCCCACUGGCAAAAGGUAAACCAAAAUAGCAACUACCAUUGCUAUUGUAAGUCAAUACAGAUACACUUUAACAGAAAAUAUCCAACGUAAUGAAUGAUUGAAAGAACAAACAGAAAACAAUUAUAAAUGUUUAGAGGAAAAAAACUGAGCUACCGUUUAGAAACGUACUCAACAGAGAAAUGUGGCGAAAUACUGCAUAAAAACUGAACAAAAAGGUCUUCGUCAGUCCAGAUUCCAGUAAAAUUGAUAGCAAAAACAAGUCAAACAUAUUCGAGUAUUGCAAAAAUAGUUCACAAAAAUACUUGAAUACUAACAAAAAAAACAAAA